AUGCGGCUCAUUUCGUAUCCGGUAAUGCUAUCGUUACUGGCUGCUUGCAUCCUGGUCGUAGUUUUAGCAAAUACUGUCUAUCGUAGUUUAUCUCUAGCGCUUCGCACGACGGGCUCUGGUUGGGAGCCUUGUGACCCCGGCGUUAAUCAAUGGAGCGGAUAUUUUGAUAUUCCUGGAGAGCAGAGUGACAAACAUUACUUCUACUGGGCAUUUGGACCACGUGAUGGCAAUCCCAAUGCCCCAGUGCUCCUGUGGAUGACAGGUGGUCCUGGAUGUAGUUCCAUGUUUGCGCUACUUGCAGAGAAUGGACCUUGCCUCAUGAACGAAACGACUGGUGACAUAUACAACAAUACGUACUCGUGGAACAACCACGCGUAUGUAAUAUAUAUCGAUCAACCUGCCGGUGUGGGCUUUUCGUAUGCGGAUAAAGCGGAUUAUGAUAAGAAUGAAGCGGAGGUAUCGGAGGACAUGUACAACUUUCUACAGGCCUUCUUUGGUGAGCACGAGGACCUGCGUGAAAACGACUUCUUUGUUGUUGGGGAAAGCUACGGUGGCCACUUUGCUCCGGCUACAGCUUACCGCAUUAACCAAGGCAAUAAAAAGGGUGAAGGCAUAUACAUUCCUCUUGCAGGAUUGGCUGUAGGAAACGGUUUAACAGAUCCGUAUACACAAUAUGCGUCAUAUCCCAGACUUGCAUGGGACUGGUGCAAGGAAGUUCUUGGAAGUCCGUGUGUAUCCCGCGAGACAUAUGACUCCAUGAACAGUAUGGUGCCCGCUUGCCAGAAAGUGAUCAACGCGUGCAACGCUGGCGCUUCAUCAUCGCAGUAUUUGUGUAAGUUGUCUCGUGUGACAUGCGAUCCUGUGACUAAUCUUUUCACUUUGACAAAAAUAAGUACUUAUGAUAUCCGAAGAAAAUGCAACGCAACACUUUGCUACAAAUUUGAUGCCAUACCCGCUUUUAUGAACCGUGAGAAUGUUCAGAAGUCACUUGGUGUCCGCCCUACUGUUUGGAAAUCUUGCGUUUUUGAUGCUAGCAAAAUGUUCAACAUUGACUGGUCUAAGAACUUUAACUACACAAUUAGUGGACUCCUCGAAGAUGGAGUUCGAGUAAUGAUUUAUGCCGGUGAUAUGGACUUUAUCUGCAACUGGAUUGGAAAUAAGGAGUGGACACUUGCACUUCAGUGGUCUGGAAGUGAAGAGUUUGUGAAGGCCCCUGAUACCCCAUUCUCAUCUAUUGAUGGUAGUGCUGCGGGUCUUGUACGUAGUGUAUCAUCAAACACAUCGUCAAUGCACUUCAGUUUUGUGCAGGUGUACCGUGCGGGUCACAUGGUGCCGAUGGAUCAACCUGCUGCGGCAUCCACUAUAAUUGAGAAAUUCAUGAGGAACGAACCACUCUCGUAA